AUGGUUAGAGAAAUUAGUAUCGAAGAAGUUAGAAAACACCGCGAUAGUAAAAGCGUUUGGAUAAUUAUACAUAAUGAUGUUUACGAUGUAACAAAUUUUUUGGAAGAGCACCCUGGUGGUGAAGACUCACUUCUAGGAGUAGCUGGACAAGAUGGCACUCAAAGUUUUGAAGAUGUUGGUCACAGUGCUGAUGCUAGGGAUUUACUAAAGAAAUAUAAGAUUGGUACCUUGCCUCCAGGUGAAAUAAGAAAUAAGGUGGCUGAUCCUGAUAAUAGUUGUUGUUUACACACAUCGAAGUGA